AUGGCGAGCCAGACGUCUUCAGCUCGCUCGCCAUGGAAAAGGCACUUCGAGACCGCGCGAGAACGGGCAACGCUCUCAGCGAACAGAUACCUCCAGAGUUCGUCGAGCGUGGUCUUGAGCAAUCAGAGCAGACUGUCUUCGCUUCGCGGCUCCGCUUCCCGCACGAACGAGACGGCACUCCUCAGCGCAGCGCACAUGGCAAGACAAAACAAGUUUCGCGCCGUGGACGAUGGUACCCCACGCCACACAGGGGCGGGGGGUCCGAGUAGCCAGUCGGACUGUGUGAGCAACUCCACCACUGUCGCCACGUCCGCCGCAGGGAAUAGAGAGUUCCUAUCCUUCGAAGAAGUGAAAGCGCUCACGCGCUUCGAAGGUAGCGAGAGCGACUAUAUCCCUCCAAAGCUGAAUCAAGAAGGGAUAAUGUCCGGCGGGCAAACCUCGAGGGUCACUUCACAGAUGGAGCGGCAGCUGGAAUGCGUCACGGUGGUGAGGAAUCUGCGAAAGGCAGAGGACACGUUGGAGCGGACCGUGGAAAUGCCGGCAUAUAUCACGCGAUCUCCAGCAGUGCAGCUGGGCUUGGAACCUGUGGAUUUUGGAGACUUGAAGUCUACACAACGCAAGGAAAUCGAGGAUUCCAAGAUGUCCCUGAAAAACCUGGACGCGACCAAGAACCGAUCGACGUGGCCGCCUAAGGACGAAAUCCCCACUCUUGUUCACCACAACCCUUCUCGCAACCCGCUCACCCAGUUCGCCAAACUGAAACACCCCAUCGAAAAUAGAGAGCCUGCAGACGGGUGGCGCGGCCCUGUGUUACCCUCCCUUGGUUCUGGCCUCCGCUACUCGGAGUGGUCGGGCAUGAACGCAGGCGACUCCAGUAGUGCUGUCGCCGCCUGGUUCAUGCACAAGAAAUCGCACGAAGACAGGGAUGAGGCCGGCCCCAAGGAACCCCCUGGUUUUCUGGCUCUCCUGCGCAAUAUCUCGGAGGAUCCGAUGCAGAUGAAAGUGCCCAAGAAGUGCCCGCCGCCGUCGAAGACGGUCAACACGCAAGCUGUGUCUCUCACGGGCGGACUACUCGAUAUUGGGGAUGUCUCAGCGAAACGUGCAACGCUGACCGCCGUGGUCAAGCCUCGCUUGAAAGGGUCGAUGAGGACAGUCUUCUUGGACGACGCGGCUGCUGCAGCUGAUCAUCCCCGGCCGUGCAAGCCGAAGAGCGAAAAAGAAGCAGCAGUUCAAACGGAGCCGCCAGCGGCGCCUGCGAAGCCAGCAGCACGAGAAAUCACGCCGCAGCGCCUUCUUACAUCUGCGUCCAAGCUUCUCCGAGUGAGCAGGAAACAGACCAGAUUUGCGUCGGCCGCGACCUCAUCGUCGUCGGACUCGGACGAAUCGUCCUCAGGGACGCAUGCGCACGCGACGCCCUCUUACGGAGCCGCCCGUCCGGCGUCGGACGGAGCGCCCGGAUCGCAACAGCCAGCCGCCGCGCCUGCCGCAGAAGCGCGUCACAGAGGCGCUCUGACUGCGGCUUCGAAGAAGCCGAAACAGGCGACUGAGGAGGAGAAACGCGCUGCCGCCGAGCAGAAGGCAAGGGAGCGUUACAUUGAGUAUGUGAACCUCCUAAACUGUUUUCCAGGCCGGGCGCUGCCGAACUUGAAGAGUGAGCAGGAUGACGUUUCCGACGAGCCGGUGCAGCCGCAGGGCUUUGGCUUUCCCACGUACUAUCCUCCAUGGGCAUAUGUCGCUGAGCCUGUCAACGCUCACAGCGGCGCGGUGGGCAUGCUGGCGUCAGCCGUCCCGCGAGUAGAGGUUCCCAUACUCCAAGGACACACGGCCGCGCAGGAGGGGGAGAGUGAGGACCCAGAUCUUUCGGCAGCUGGCUUGCUUGAAGUACCACUUAUGAAUCUCUUCUUCCCUGGCUUCGACGAAUUCCUCUACCCCGGCUAUGACCCGAACGGAGCAGCCCCAGUGGCCAUUCCCAUGAUUCAUAUGCUGCCGGAGAGUCCCGAUGUCUGGGAAAAUGCGGUAGCAGACGCCGUGCGCGACGAGUGGCGGCGCGCCCAAAGAGAGUGGGAAGACUUGCAAAGAGCCCAGGCAACCGCGUACAAGACAGCGGAAGCAAAAGCACGCCAAAGAAGGGAAAAAGCUAUUCGACGGAAACAGCUAGCUGAACGCAAGAGCGAUAGCGACGUGGAGAUCCAACGAACACAGCGGCGCCUAAAGACGGAAAUUCAGCAUGAGUAUGCUGAAUUUGUUUCGACGAGAGGUCUGCUACAGCGAUCCAUGCACCAGCCGCUGAGCAGAGGGGCAGCAGCAAUCGGGAACUGCCGAGGAGGGAAACGUGCGUGGACGGUUUUCGAUCGGAGCACCCGCACCGAGGCGACGAGACGGAGCCAAGCAAGUUCGAGCUACGCGAUGCUGCCUGAAGAAGAUGAUCUAUUCGAUACUGUUCCGCCUCCGAGGCGAGGGCGACAAGUGGGGGCGCGGAUGACUCGAGGGCGGCGUCCUCGAGCGCCAGGAGGCUACUCAGGCACCUUGCAUGCGCCUGUUUCUUUCCGGGGAGCAGAUGUGCUCAACGCGAUAGGAGAACCUACGAAGGAGCGUGGCGCCGACAGCCUCACGGAUCGCCCGGUGGAAUCCAGCCAAGUUGAGUCGCUUACGUCUGGAGAAGAUGUGCUGGAACGAGUGGAGUUCGAGCGGGGAAGACAGCGAGAGUUGGACCGUAUGCUGGAUGAUCUUGAGCCUAAAUUGUCUCGCCCGCUCCAGCGAAGCGUUGCUCUUCGCCAGCGAGCAGCUCGCCGGGCGUCACAGCGGCUGCCGGAUACAGGCGAAGAACGACCAGGGGAUCUUGCGAUCACUGCUCAUGGCCUAAGGCUCAAGCAACGCCUGCAAGAAAGCGAAGUGGCCAUCAAGAUUAAAAAAACAAGUGGUCUUGUUGCAUCUGGAGUCGUGCCACCCGACGUCAAGGAGCUGCUUCUCCAAGGCAGCGGGCCACGACAUUCGUCGUCUGCUGAAGGCAGGAACGAGGUCGCUUUUGUGGGUCUGCUAGGAAGCCCCAAUCCACAGGGCGGGAUUCUCUCAACCGCAAGAGAUUCCAAAGCAAGAGUCAGCAACGGUGGGUUGCUCAUCGGUCAAGCAUUCCCUCUGAAGGCAGUGUCCGCUGAGCCGGCAAACUUCGCCACAGCUACAGGAACUGGUCCUCUCCAACCAAAUAGAAGACCCAGCCAGGAAUCGGAGCCGCCCUCGUCUGAUGUCCUGGCACAGAGGCCGACCCCUAGGGAAGCAAGUAGUGAUUUCGAGCAAGAGCGACGCAUGCAGAGAGCGUUCUCGCCGCUUCCGACGUUUGGCCGCCAACUGGAUACGGGUGACGAUGAGCAGCAUGAUGGUGGUGAAGAGGUUCCGACAUCCCAAGGUGGGAAAGGCUUGAUCGCAGAAGCAGCGAAAAGCAGAGCCAGGCAUCCGCUUACCCCGAACGGAGGUCCUGUUUCGCAGAUGGGUGGACGUUGCUACGACACACAGCAAAGCCGAACGAUGGAUUCACAGCCGUUCUGCAGACAAAAUGCGUAUUCUGAACCGUCGCUAAAAAACGAGAUCACCCGGGAGGACCAGGAAGAGGUCGAUCCUGCUGAAAAUGACAAAUUCCUUCCCAAUUGUGAAGGCAUCAGCCGGUCGGCGGAAACUCUCUCUCCACGGAGCUCCACAUCUGACGGAGGAGCUGAGCGGCGGCACACUUUUCGAAGGUGUAAGCCUCACGGUGUAGGUUUGGCAGCAGAUGCUCUAGUUUCUAUGAACGACGAAGAUCUACAAACUGGCGAACACUAUGCUGAACACAGAAGCUUUAGGAAAGCGAAUUCCUUUUUCGAAGCACGAUUCGCAGGUCAGACGGAUUCACCGAGGUCACCGUCCGGCUAUUGCAAUCGUACUUCGCAAGGGCAAAGACCGGCGACAGAAGAACAGGAAUGUUCGCUUCCACCCGAAACUGCAGGCCUGGAUGACGAAGUUAACCCGCAUGGUGGUGAUAUCAACCGGUUCAGUCUCUGUGGAAGGAAAGGCGAGCUUGGGCGCUUGCAUGCAGCCGAGGAAGGACAGGGACUCAAGACAUGUUGGCGCGCGAGGGAGGUAGGAGCUUCGAAUCGAGAUUUGGCAGCGAUCCCCCCAGCUUCAACGACGUAUGAUGCAGAGUUUUACCGUCGAAGUCAGUUGCUCUACAAGAAAUACCCUCACCUUCGAACGCUGUUCACUCCGCCCAGCACGCAAGAGGCUCAUCGGCCUUCUAAAUUCCCCUGGGAUGACGAGGUCAUUCCGACAUGCCGGCAAGGAGGAAGUGUUUCCGCCUAUGAUGAUGAGCACCCAUCAAUGAAUAGCCGCGAUGAUAGAUCUGAGUCAUCUGCCGUGACUCAAGAGAAGCCUGAAUUCCCGACAAUCGACAGUACAUCGACCGGUUGUUCCAGUUUGUCUAAUGAAGAGACCAGUUUCCUUGAUGGAUCGAGCAAUCAUCGCUCAUUUCAGUCCGAGAAGCGGCCUUUCCUUAGACGAGGCCUUGGGCAAGGAGGAGGCCGAUACCGCAAAGACGCCGGCAGCGGGCGAAAAUGCCCGACGGGUAAAAGUGGUAUCUUGCAACGAAACAAGUCAGUAUCGGACUCAAGCGCCUAUGAGGAGACGAUUUCCUUUUCGGAAAACAACCCCUUGGAAGAACAUGAAGGGGAAUCACGCAUCAGGAGAGCGCCGUCUCGUCCCCGGAAGUACUCAACCGUGUCGAUGUCCAAAGUGACAGAUGAUAGUUUGGUGACGUGGUCGGGACUGUGGCCAGCAGCCCGUUCUUUCUACAGAUCAUCGGAUCUUUUCUGUCAACGCGACAAUAUGUCGAGCAAAAGGCUUUCGAUUGACAGAAACCCAGUGGUUUGUCUGGACGACGAGGCCGAGUCAUCGAGGGACACAGAUGUGCCCAAAAAACACCCGUUUCUGAAGAAAGGGGGCGGCCGGAAUGCGGGACAAGGUAAGAAAAGAGAAGAGUAUGCUCUUUCCUCUGCGGGUAGCACCCCUCGCAGGCUGCAGUGUACUUCGCCGACGAGAACUGUUGGCCGCCGCGCAGAAAAGUCAGACACGGAAGUGCACUCGGCUGGAGAGAGAAGAACUCGAGUUCGGUGGCGAUUUGAGGAGAAGCAGAAGAGCCAUUCGGUGUCUGCCUGCGAGUCGAAGACUAGUUCUACACAAAGUUGUAUAUCUCCCAGGUGUUCCUCGACCCGAGAGGAGAAACGGGCUGGAAGAAGUGAUAAAGUUCCGUACACUCUUUUAAUGGAUCUGUCUUCUCAUUUCUUGCGUCCACGUGUUCGGUGGGGGCAUCCACUAACGCAGACGUUCUUUGAGGACUAG